AUGGAACUGAAAAGAAGGAGUAAGCGUAUUGAAGCUACCGUCAAAUUGGAGAAGGCAUCUGGUAAAGUCAAAACUAGCAUCGGGAUCAAGCAAACCACAGCAACCACCACGGAAGAAACGGGCGGAUCAAUUGGCUUUGAUUCUAAUGGAAUUAGAAGAGAAGAAGCAACAAUAGUUAAAGAGGUGUUCAGUGGACGUUUAGGAUUUGGAGACAACCUGUUUCGUUAUCAAUGCUCUGUUUGCAACAACAAAACGGCCAGCCUAAGAUCACUUUUAAGCCAUCGUCAAUCCGUUCAUAGCAUCACUCAACAGCCCAUAAAAAACAUCGACCUGGAGCCUGAUACUGAUGAUCCCAACCAUUACUGCAAAGCCUGUGAAAAGUUUUACUGCACUCAAGCUCAAAAAGAGGCCAAACCCGAUAUCAAUGAUCCCAGCUUCUACUGUAGUUCUUGUGAAAAAACACUAUCAUGCAAGGCCGCUUUCAAAAAACACUUGUUCUUGAUACAUUAUGUGCAUCAGCCCACAACGGAAAAGAGUGAAUCGCAGCCAGACAUUAAUGAUCACAAUAACUGCGGUUGUGUUUGCCAGCGUUACUAUUUUAGUAAUGGGAGAAACCGUAAACAUCUGCGUAAAGUACAUCAAAAGUUAUUGGAACCUAGCAAAUAUCGCGAAAACCAUAUCCCAGCGCUUCCUAAUCCCAAUGAUUUGAAUUUCUAUGGUAGCGUGUGCAAGAAAACCACGACAAGACAGCCAAUAAUCUAUCGUAGACACUACAAAAAUACUAACCGUAUGGCAUUGAUUGAUCGAAAGGUCUCAAACCCUAAUGCGACCAUCGAUAUCAGGAGCCCCAUUCGCUAUUAG